CCACUCUUCAUAAAGUAUAUAACAUUGUGAAGUAUAAAACAUUGGGAAAGUUCCGAUCGAGGGUACAUUUCAAUGAGGGAAAAGCUUGUCAAAAAGCUAGAAGCAACAAGAUGUGAGAUCCCAUGUAUGAAAAACACAGUACUUUCCAGAACUAUUUCCUUUUAAGCUUUCUUUUCCUUUCCUUUUUAAUAUUAAUCAAGAACCCAGAAAAGAUGACUAUUAAAGUGAAAAAAGGUUGAUAAAAGGAAUACAUCCAAAGUGAUGGGCCUGAAAGACACAAAGUCUAAUUGUGUUGCAUGAUUUUAGAAAAUUUCACAUUGGGGUUUGAGAGGAAUCAUUGUCUGUUCAUACUCCUGAGCAUUCUACUAAAAGAAAUGUUUUAAUUGUUUUAAGCCGUGCCUCCACCCACAAUCCUCUAGUAUUUCUGUAAGAAGAAAUGCAAGACAUGUCAUCAGACCCUAAUUUGAUUAGACUAGUGAAAAGUUUUGUACUUGUAGAAUUCGUAAUUGUAUACUUUUUUGAUGAUCAGUUGGAAUUUGUAAUCUUGAUUUAUUGAAAUUACAAGUGACUAGAAACAGGCAGAUAGGAAAGAAAAAAAAAAAAACGAAGGGUAUAAUUCAUGUACUUAAACAGCAAACAUCACUCAAAGUUACCACUGAGGAGGAAUAUGGUGCAUGGGCAGCAAAUAGUAGCAACCACUGGAUUAAAUUAUUUGUUACAGCCAUCCUUCAUCAUUGACUUCGAAGUACUAAAUGGACAAACCAAUCAUAUCCUUCUGGAAAACCAGUAACAUUUAUCAUAUUAUAGUCAUCACCAUUCUCAGAGUUAUGUUCAGCAAUGCUGGUAGUCUGCCACUUCAAACUUCAAAGUUUGUCUGCUACUGUCUCUUUUCUCUUUCAAGUGUGAACCAUUUUUAUAUAAAAGGAAGUCUUUUGUAUUCGUUUUUUUUUUGGUUCUGUUUACCAUAGGGCACAAUGAAAGGUGGGUGCUAAUUGAACUGUCAACUUACCAUAAAGCAGGAGAAGGAAUAACAAUGGCAGCUGAUAAGAAUGGAGGAAGGGGACAGUUGUCGAAAUGGGGAUUGAUCAAGCUUAUUGUAGUUACAAUUUCUUGGUAUUAAAUGGAUGGAAAUGGAAUCAAUCAAUCAAGUUACACCUGCUAAUCAACAGGGAAGGGAACCUCUCUUUUUGCUCGCACUGAAAGUACUUUCUCCUUUCAUUUCAAACCUACCUUGAGCACCAUUCUUGAUAAGACCAUUUUGGCUCCAUUGCAGGCCCCCAUUUGAGAAAACUUUUUUCUUGAAACAACAAUCAAAUCUUGGAUUACUAUGAUUGUUCUUCUUUUUUAUUGGUGCACUUAAUACUGAAAUUGUGGCUAGCAUGGGUGAGUUUCAUGUUUGAUUCGCUUUGAGUAACUGAUAUGUGUUCUGCAACUUGUGAAAAAGAUCUACAGGAAGAUCUUGAAACUCAAGAAAAGACCAGUGACCUGAGUGGACCCAAAACAAAAGCUAGUACUAAUCAUGGUCCUAUCUUUUGCUCCUAGUAAGUAACAGUUCUAGUAAGAUUCUGGGGCUAGGCAGUGGACAAGCAAGCUUGCCCAUGUGUUGUAGUACACUUAAAAGGUACUUCUAACAUAGCCCAUCCAUUGUUGUCCCCACACUGCACAAAUAUUUCUACCUGCAUUAGCUCUAUUGAUUCCAUAAUCAACCCAUCAAUCAAAUCCAGAAAAGGAAAAAACGCCAAGUAGAGCUGUCAACUAGCCCUGUUAGCUCAGUUUAAGCCAGUUUACAAGUUGAACUGUUGAACUAAUGUUGGUAGCAAUAAGCAUUAUCAUAUAUUUCAGGAAUUCUUGACGAAACAAGCCUAGCCUUGAGCUAGUCAUACUCUGGUGGUUUAUCAGCUCAGCUUCUUCUUUAUGCCUUUCUAAUCAACGGGACACAUAGUAAUGUUCGACCCACCCGCCGCUUAUGUGAAAGCUUAAAUUCCAGUCCCCCACAGGCUGUUGUUAGAUAUCAAAAGCUUGCCACAAUGGAAAAAACAGAAGAUAUUAGUGAGAAAGGAAUUGAAGAUCAACCUGAGCCAAGGGACACUUACAAGAUUGCUUAUAUUAUCCAUUUUUUGCUUGGUGCAGGUAACUUGCUUCCAUGGAAUGCUUUUAUUACAGCUGUUGAUUACUUUGGCCAUCUCUAUCCAACCAAGCACAUAGAAAAGGUCUUUUCCGUAGCUUACAUGAGUUCUUCAGUUCUAGUGUUAGUUAUAGUCAUGAGUAGAGGUGGAUGGAGCAAGAAGCUGACAUGUAGAUUGAGAAUGAACUUGGGAUUUUCCAUGUUUGUUCUUUCUUUAAUGGUUGCUCCAACAAUAGACUGGGCCGGAAGACCCAAAGGCGGCUACUAUGUGACGGUUGCAUCAGUUUUGAUUUGUGGUUUAGCUGACGGUUUGAUAGCUGGAAGUUUGAUAGGAUCAGCAGGAAUACUUCCUAAAGAGUACAUGCAGGCUGUAUUUGCUGGAACUGCCUCUUCAGGUGUUCUUGUCUCUAUCUUGAGGAUUAUAACAAAGGCAUUGCUGCCACAGACUCCGCAAGGUCUUCGAACGAGUGCUCAGUUCUAUUUCAUAGUUAGCACAAUUAUUUUGUUGUGUUGCACUCUUUCAUGCAACUUGCUUUACAAAUUACCAGUUAUGGAACAGCAUUACAAGCUCCUACAAGCUGAUGAUUCACCAACUUCAAGGCCAGAAUUUUGGGCUGUCGCAAAAAAAAUCAGGUGCCCAGUUUUUGGGAUUGUCAUCAUUUAUCUGGUGACUCUGUCGAUUUUUCCUGGAUUCAUAGCUGAAAGUCUUCAAUCGAAGUUGCUAAGAGACUGGUAUCCGGUUCUGCUGAUAACCGUUUACAAUGUCUCAGAUUUCGUAGGCAAAUCUUUAACUGCAAUAUAUGUUCUGAAGAGCAUCAAGAAGGCAACAUGGGCUUGCAUUCUUAGGCUGUUGUUCUAUCCUCUUUUUGCAGCAUGCCUCAAUGGACCCAAAUGGUUGAAAACUGAAGUGCCAGUGGUAGUACUGACAUUCAUGCUUGGUGUAACUAAUGGGUAUCUGACAAGUGUAAUCAUGAUUCUUGGCCCGAAGUCAGUUCCAGUUUCAGAAGCAGAGUUGUCCGCAAUUGUACUGGUUGUGUUCCUAGGAAUUGGGUUGGUGGGUGGCUCUGUCCUUGGCUGGUUUUGGGUUGUAUGAGCCAUUUUUAAGCUGUCAGGGCUACAUGACUAGUUGAACUUGAUCCUGAAACAGGUAGAAAUUCUAGUUAGAAAUUCAAUAACAUUGUUAGCCUAGAGCCAA